AUGAUUACGACUGAUCGAGGCGCGCAGUUUGAGUCCACACUUUUCCAAACUCUCCUCAACUUCCUUGGCCGCACACGUAUCCGGACGACGGCCUACCACCCAGCUGCGAACGGCAUGGUUGAGCGUUUUUACCGCCAGCUAAAAACUGCACUGCGUGCCGCAGAAGAUCCCGAAAACUGGUCAAACAAUGUACCCGUUGCACUUCUUAGCAUUCGUGAGGCACUGAAGUCAGACUUGGACUGCAGGGCAGCCGAAUUGGUUUUCGGCACUACCCUCGGACUCCCUGGUGAGAUGGUCACCCCAACCUCUCGUGGUGCCGAAGAGACCCCCGAGAAUGUUGCGCAUCGUCUGCGACAAUUCAUGCGCUCGCUUUCCCCGGUUCCACCUCGAGCUCCAUCGACUGAGCCUUAUGUUGAAAAGGGCUUAGCCAACUGCGCCCAUGUGUUCGUUCGGUGUGAUCGUGUGCGGAAGCCGUUAGAAUCACCAUACGAAGGACCGUUCCGUGUGCUUACACGUAACAGCAAGACCUUUCGGAUCCUACGAGGUGACAAAGAGGACGUAGUCAGCAUCGACCGGGUCAAGGCUGCUGUCGCAAAGGAGCCCCUGGACGUGUCUCAAGGAAAAGCAUGUGCUGACCCCAUACCUCCUCCCACUCCUUUUCCACUUUCCCCACCUAUCCCUCCGUCCCGUAUACUUCCUCUUCCUUCUGGUUCGCAGCAUCAAACUGCAACCUCUUCCUCCACCCUUAACUUGUCCACUACAACACCUACUCAGCUGCCCACAACAGUGCCUCCCGCAUAUAUCACCCGCAGUGGACUUCACGUUCACUUUCCCGAUCGUUUAGUUACUCAUUUCUCCUAG